AUGGACAGGGAUUGGGACAAUGCUGAAGUCAAGCUCGCCUUCCAAGCCGUGGAGAACACCUCUUAUGCCUACUCACUCUGGGCUCCUGAACUCCACAACAUCAACGACAAAUGGUACAUUAUAUUCACCGGCAACAAGGAUGAUGAACAGCCUUCGCCUGAACAGGACAUGUAUUGUAAUUUCCACUGCCCGGCUGUCAAUCACCGCAUGUUCACCCUGGAGAGCUCCACGUCCGAUAUUUGGGACAGCGAGUAUACACUGAAAGCCGAGCUCGACACUUAUGACCAGUUCGCCAUUGAUGGUACCUACUUCCAGCAUUCUUCCGGUCUCUAUCACAUCUAUUCCUGCUGGUACGACGGAUACACCUCCUGGCCCGCAAUGCUGUGCAUCGCCAAAAUGUCUGAUCCAUGGACUGUCAAUUCCCCCCUCUCCGAACGUCUCAUCAUUUCCAAGCCCGAUGAGCCGUGGGAGAAGACCCCGACAGGGCGUACCGUCAACGUGCGCCUGUCGUCCAACGAAGGCCCGCAACAACUCACCAACCCAACCACAGGCCAAACCUUCGUAAUCUACAGUGCCGCGCGUUCCGAUAACCGAAACUAUUGCCUCGGUCAACUCGAACUCAUCGGCGACGACCCGAUGGACAUCGCAUCCUGGAAGAAGCACACCGACGGCUGCAUCUUCUACCAGAAUCCCGACGAAGAAGCCUAUGGCGUUGGGCAUGCCAGCUUCGUGCAAAGUCCCGACCACAGCCAGUGGUGGAUUGUGUAUCAUGGCAUGCGAGACUAUCUGACCGGGUGGUCAGCUCGAAGCAUUAGAGCUCAAGAGUUCUACUUUGGCGACGAUGGCGCUCCCGUGUUUCCGCGUCCGGGAAACGGGCCUUAUGAGGUGCCCAGUGGACAACAGUAG